CGGGGCACCCACUCCCCACCUAGGUGCAGCGCCUCUCCCCAAACACACGUGCUGCCAAGCCCUUCAUCAGUCACCCUGGCACUGACAUCCAUAAAUCCCAUUAGUCACACCGCCACGAACACAUCCAGUCCCAGGCAGACAAAGACACGGGGCCCCACAGCGGCUGUGUCUGUCCCCAGUGGCGCUUUCCCCAUGCCUAGAACUGUGCGGACACCGCAGGCGCUCCAUGCAAUUGUUGAACCGACAGCAAGCAGCACUCCUCGCAAUCACAAACGCCUCCUGAUCGCGUAACUACAGGCCCCCGGAUAACCACAGUUGCUCCUUUCCCCCAUUCCAAGUCUCUCCCAUCCCCUCUGGGGACACACGUACUGCUGUAAUCACCCACGAAUGCCCUUGGCCAUUCCCUCUUCCGCGUCUCUCUGGAGCGGGUAGGCUGACACUGCGCCCCCCUCCCCCAAGCCUGUGCUCGGACGGGUCAGGCAGAAAAACCAUCCCCCAAGGUCACCAGAGCUCUUCAGCAGGCGCCCCCGGGAGCUGAUUUAUUGGCGGCUUAUUUGGAGAAAUGCUAUCGCUCUUAGAUUCCGGGGGGGGGGGGGGAAACACGCUCGCGGUGGACUUUAACCUUGGGCUGAAACCACAGCGCUUUGUUUUCGGAGGUGCUUCCUAGGGCGCCGCGGCGGGGCUGGGGCCUAGCGGGGAAGCUCGGCGGGAAUGUGGCCCAGCAGCCUCUCCACUCCCAGGCUGCGCUCCCGCCUGCCCUGGCAAGCGCUCAAAUUCCUCUGGGCCCGGCCGGAAGCCCUCGGUCCCUCCAAAAGUGCUUCCAGAAAUUCUAGGAAGGAGCCGAAGCUCCUUGGAUGAGGGCGUCCUUGGAGCGAGGUUUCCAAACCCUCCCAUCCCAAGCCCCUGGCAUGUGCCACCCGCCGUUCGCAGUCGUGUCACUGGCAUGAUGAGGUUUUCGGGAGGCACCCAGGAAGGGCUGAAUGCUCCGGUUUCCGCGCACCUUAAGUCCGGAGCAAAACCCCGCUGGAGGUGGUUGGCUCCGAUCGCGUGCAUGGUUUGCUUGGCUGAUGUAAGACACCAGCGCGAAGGCCUGUUCCCGCCCCUCUGGCAGAGAUAAAUUAAGCGUUAUUAUUGCAAAUGCACCCUCUCUGGAUCUGCUCCCCAUGACUGUUCCGUGUGUCAAAACCGCCGCUUCCACCAGGCAGCCACAAGGGCGAGACCAAUUACCGCUUUCCCCAUGGUUGCGCCAAAGCACGCAGCCAACGAGGGCUCCAAGCCGGGACCCUGGUUGAGAAAAACCUGGGGCAUCCGGCGGCACGGAGGGUGGGAAUCAGAUGAGCCCCCGCCUCCGCGCAUGGUGCCCACAGUCACUCCCCCGCCUUGGUCCUCCUGUGCCAAAAAAAAAAAAAAAAAAAAAAAAAGCCCAUCAUGCGCCCGCAGAGGGCUGAGGAGACACGGGAUGAAGGCAGGGUCCACGGAGAGGUGGCAAGCUAAAUUCUGAGAAGCUGCUUCGACCCUGACCCUGGCGUCGCCCCUCCGUGGUGCAGGUGGCACCGGAGUUGCGCUCAAGCGGACAGCUGCACGCCCAUCCCAGUCUCACCGAGCCUUUCUAAGAGGAAAUGCCAGGCCCGGGCGCCCCUACCCCAAGGCGGUGAUCCUGUGAAGCUCGGGCCACCUCAGGGUCCAGCGCCUGAGCUCAGGGAUGGAUGGUGUUGGCACCGAGGGAUGAGGCCGUUCCCUCUCUUUGGUGAACGGAGAAGCUCUUGGCGUAGUUCCCUGCGCAGUCUUGGGGUCCCCAGGCCGUGAUGGGGUGAGCAGGGCGUGCGGCGUGGCCUGGGAUGCGAGACCAGUCCGGAGCACCCCCGCGUGAGCGGCGGGAAGGAGGGCCCGCCCGGAGAUUUAUGGCCGCAGCCGGCCCCCUGCGCACCGAGCGCGCCUCCGUCCUUUCCCAGCCAAACAGUGGAGUGGAGGACCCGACCCCGGCUGGAGGAAGAGGCCAGGGCCGGAGGCGGGGCCGAGAGGAGCUGGAAUCCAUCGGGGCUGGGCCUGGCGCAUCAGUCCCAAUUCUGCCCGCCUUGCGCCCUGGUCUCGGUGGGGUGUGGGGCGAUGGCGCCGCGUCCCUGGUCUUCCAGGCAGGUUCGGGCAGCUCCCGGCUGGGUUGGCCCGGCCGCGACUUGGCGCUGUAUUUGGCGCUUUAUCGCGGCUGGGUCUGUCGCAGCAAGGGGACGGCGAACGUGGCUUUCCCGGGCACAGCCUCUCCGGGUUUUAGCCGCGCCCGCCAGACACGGGACCUGCGGGAACCGGAGCUUCAGACACCCAGCCACAAGGCCUCUGAGCGGGCAGCAGAAGCCGGCAAUCCCUCAGGGGGUGCCCCUCACCGAGAUGCCAGCGGAGAGUGGGGGGCUUCGGUCCCUGCCUGGAAAGGCGGUUGGGGCGAUGGGUGAAGUGGCUCGGGUGGCCGGGCCAAGGAAACGAUACUGGCUUUUUCUUCCCCCGCUGGGGGAAGGAUAAGGGGAGAACGUGUCCAAGCGGCCAGCAACACCAGAAUUUGGGAAGAACCGGAUUCAACGCCGAAUUGAGGGAGGCCGUGUGAUCUGCACCAGUCGGGCCUGAGCCUGCGCCAACAAAAGCGCGACAGGGGUGACGGCCGGGCUCAAGGUUGGCCUGUCCUUUGGUUUUAAGACAAAGAGGGAGAAUUUUGUCAGUCGGGACGCGUUCAGGGAGCAGAGGCCGGAGCCGGUAGCCUAGGAACACAGGAAAGGCCUCGGCUCGGGUGGCCCAGGCUGGCUGCGGAGAAGCACGCUGCGCCGGGCCUUGGCUAGCCAGGGCAGAUUCUCCUGCAACUGCGGUUUGGGGCUACAAGGAAGACCCACCCCGCUCCCCCGAGUUGAUUUUUCACCCAGUCAGUA